AUGGCAGCCUCCGAGACGGUUAGGCUACGGCUUCAAUUUGAUUACCCACCGCCAGCCACCCCGCACUGCACGGUCUUCUGGCUUCUGGUCGACUUGAACAGAUGCCGAGUUGUCACGGAUCUCAUUAGUCUUAUCUGCCAGCGCUUCGGCUUCAGCUCUGGGGCCAUCCUAGGCCUCUACCUGGAGGGGGGACUCUUGCCCCCCGCGGAGAGCGCGCACCUGGUGAGAGACAACCAUCGCCUCAGAGUUAAAUUAGAAGAGAGAGGAGUUGCUGAGAAUUCUAUAGUAGUUAGUAAUGGUGACAGUACACAUUUAUCAGCCAGAAAAGCAAAGAAAUGGAGAUUUAAGUUAGAGGAGGACAAGGAAAUUGAACCAAGUUACAAAUAUUCAAAGAAGCACUGGAAGAGGCAAGAGAACAAUAGCAAUAAUGAGAAGGCCUUGGAUCUGGAGCCAAAAGCUAUCACAGAUCAGACCGUGAGGAAAAAGAAUAAGAGAAAAAACAAAGCGACAUGUGGUGUAGUGGAUGAUGGUGACGAAGAAACCAAAAGAAAAUCACCAAAGAAAAAGGGGAAAUGUGAAUAUAAAAAAAAGACAAAGAAUCCCAAGUCUCCAAAAGCGCAGGCAGUAAAAGAGCAGACCAUCCAGAGCUGUAGUCCUCCAAAAGGUUCUGCUAGAAACAGCCUUGCUAAAGUCAGAGAGAAAGGUGGUGUAGGCGUUUGUUCAAAAGAUAGUCCCAGUUCCUCCUCGGAGUCUGAGUCUUCUCAUGAAUCCACCAGUGAUGGUCUCAGCAAUGCCACUUUGGAGGUCAAAAAUUCCUCAGAAAAAGCAUCAGCUGAGUUAUCAAAGGAAGGACCCUCUACAAAAAACCCAGCUGCAAACAAACCGGCUGCCAAAGCUGGCUUUAACCUUACCCCCACCAAGGACAAGACCUCAUCAUCUUCUAGUUCAAACUUUAAUUCAGAGUCAGAUGACCAAUGCAUGAUAUCAAAGACCACCCCAGAGCGUGCUGCGAGUUUCUUAAAGACCAUAGGCCUCUUUGCAGGAAGAGGUUGUCCGGGUCCGGGGUCAUCAUCACAGUCUCCAAGUGCUGCUGGGUGGAAGCAUUCUGACUCAAAUGGAGGCAGACAGGCUCCUGGUCCUCCUCCCAACGUGUCUCUCCACCCUAAUUUAGGAAGAGGAUGGGGUAGAGGAGAGGACCUUCUCUCUUGGAAGGGAGCUAGGGGUCGGGGCAUGCGUGGGAGAGGGCGAGGACGAGGGCAGGCUGUUUCUAGUCUUUUAAAUAGAAACACUGAAUACCAGAAGCAGCAGCAGUUAAAUGAAACAGUAACAAACUCAGCUACUAUUAUCCAGAAUCCAAUAGAGACACACAAGAAGGACUAUACUUUGUUACCGCUGCUGGCAGCUGCCCCUCAAGUUGGAGAAAAGAUUGCAUUUAAGCUUUUGGAACUAACAUCUGAUUACUUUCCUGAUGUCUCUGACUAUAAGGAAGGAAAAAUAUUAACACCGAGCAAGAUGGCAGCCUCCGAGACGGUUAGGCUACGGCUUCAAUUUGAUUACCCACCGCCAGCCACCCCGCACUGCACGGUCUUCUGGCUUCUGGUCGACUUGAACAGAUGCCGAGUUGUCACGGAUCUCAUUAGUCUUAUCUGCCAGCGCUUCGGCUUCAGCUCUGGGGCCAUCCUAGGCCUCUACCUGGAGGGGGGACUCUUGCCCCCCGCGGAGAGCGCGCACCUGGUGAGAGACAACCAUCGCCUCAGAGUUAAAUUAGAAGAGAGAGGAGUUGCUGAGAAUUCUAUAGUAGUUAGUAAUGGUGACAGUAGUUAUAAUCAUUUGUACCUCCAGCAUAUCACUCAGCUGCUCACUUUUAACCAAACCAUCACCUGCCAAGGGCUGGUGGUUGCUGCCCCCCCUGUCCACUGCCUCACACUGCUUCAGCGCGAGUCCUUUUUGGCAGCCUCUCCUGAAGUUCCCCUGCCCGCGCUCGCCAGCGCGCUGCUUGCCAGCAGCCUCCCCCUCUCGCCUGCAGCUCUCCUAGCUCCCGCCAGCCUCUCCCCUGCUCGGUCUGCGCGCAGCCUCUUCCUCCCGCCCUUGCCAGCUGCUUUACUCGCCUUUCCUCAGGCUGCUCCCUCGCCUUGUUUCCCAGCCCUUCCCCUCGCAGCUGGUUUCUUUCCAAAGCUCCGGUCCCUUUGGUCAGAUGCUUUGUUUAACACCCGGGAUCACCUCUCCUGGGUCCCAGAGUGUACGCGUAUCCACCGUUCACUUGGAAAGUGA